UGCCGCCAUCUCAUCCCACCGCACCUCAUCUCACCGAACCACAUCCCACUGCACCUCACCGCACCGCUUCGCCCAGCAUCCCGCCGCACCGCAGAGCUAGGCCAGUGGGAGAAACCGCACCCUACGCCCAGCAUGCCGAAGGAAAACAGCCGUCGAGGGUCAUCCCAUGGUCACCAGAGGCGGAACCGCUCCUGCUCCCGCACCACCAGAGCCGAGCUGUCGUUCUCCGUGAGCCACAUGGAGCGCCUCCUGCGAGAGGGCCACUAUGCCCAGCGCCUGAGCUCCACCGCACCAGUCUUCAUGGCGGCCAUCAUCCAGUACCUGGCGGCCAAGGUCCUGGAGCUGGCGGGCAACGAGGCCCACAACAGCAGCAGGAGGCGCAUCACUCCAGAGCUCGUGGACUUGGCCGUCCACAACAGUGCACUCCUCGGUGGCUUCUUUGGGACCACAACCAUUUCCCAAGUGGUCCCGGCCCGGCGGUAG